CAUUUAGCCUUGCUUCCUUCCCUGAACUCAGCAUGGAGGAGAAGUCAGAAAACUAUAAGCUUCCAGAAGAUCUGUUCAAUGGUUUGAAAGUUACAGACUCUCAGGGAGCAGUGUCUGCUAGCCCCCAGGUCCCUGAUCCCAAGGAUCAGAGCAAGCCACUAAAGGAUGCUGAAACGCGUCCCCAGGAGGACCAUGGGGAAGAGGAGUGUUUUCAUGACUGUAGUGCCUCAUUUGAGGAGGAGCAAUCAGGGGCGCACAUGUUGGGGAACAAAGCCAGUGAUGACUCAAGUUCUGAAUUGGAUGAAGAAUACCUAAUUGAACUGGAAAAAAACAUGCCAGAAGAAGAGAAACAGAAAAGAAGAGAAGAGAGCGCUAAACUAAAGGAGGAGGGGAAUGAACAGUUUAAGAGAGGAGAUUACGUAGAAGCUGAGAGUUCUUACAGUCAAGCCCUUCAGAUGUGCCCAUCCUGUUUCCAGAAAGAUUGAUCUGUUCUGUUUUCAAAUAGAGCUGCUGCAAGAAUGAAACAGGACAAGAAGGAGAUGGCCAUCAGUGACUGCAGCAAAGCAAUUCAGUUAAACCCUGGCUAUAUCCGUGCAAUACUGAGGAGAGCAGAGUUGUAUGAGAAAACGGACAAACUAGAUGAAGCACUGGAAGAUUAUAAAUCGAUAUUAGAAAAAGAUCCAUCAGUCCAUCAAGCAAGAGAAUCUUGUAUGAGAUUACCUAGGCAAAUUGAAGAACGUAAUGAAAAAUUAAAAAAAGAGAUGUUAGGUAAACUAAAAGAUCUCGGCAACUUGGUUCUGCGACCUUUUGGGCUCUCCACAGAAAAUUUCCAGAUCAAGCAGGAUUCUUCUACAGGCUCCUACUCCAUCAAUUUUGUUCAAAAUCCAAAUAAUAAUAGAUAACAGAAAUAACAGUAGUCUUAAAGGCUGACUGGGAGGCCAUGUACUGUUCUCAAGGAGCAAGGCCCUGCAGGUGUUUGAUAUUUAAAAGUAUCUUAUCU